AUGGGCAACCUCGGAGACUUGUCGCCGCAGGGCAGUAUUGCGGUCGGAGUGAUCGUGGGCCUCGUCUCGACCAGCCUGCAAGCCAUCGGGCUUACACUCCAACGCAAGUCCCACCUCCUCGAAGACGAGAAGCCGCUUUAUGAGGGGCGCCGACCUCCCUACAAACGCCGGCGAUGGCAACUGGGCAUGGGCAUGUUUGUGAUCUCCAACAUUGUAGGAAGCACUAUCCAGAUCACCACGCUGCCACUGCCAGUUCUCUCCACACUCCAAGCGUCCGGACUAGUCUUCAAUACGAUCUUUGCGACUCUCAUCCUCGGUGAACCCUUCACCCGCUACUCGUUUGCCGGUACAGGUCUUGUCUGUAUUGGCGCCAUAUUGAUUGCAACCUUUGGGGCUAUCGGGGAGCCGGCGCAUACCUUGAAUCAGCUAUUAAAGCUACUCAUGCGACGUCCUUUCCUCAUAUGGAUGGGCAUGACCUUGGUUGUCGUAGGGCUUAUCCUUGUUGGUUCGAAACUGUUGAAAUACUGCAUACCGGGAUCGCGGGCGAAACCGACUGCGUCGGGGGUGUUAACGACGCAUGUACAACGACUUCAGGGCCGGGUCAAACUCUUCCGGGGCAUGUGCUAUGGCGCUGUCAGUGGAAUUCUAUCGGCCCAUUCGCUGCUGCUGGCCAAGUCGGCUGUGGAGCUGCUGGUCCGCACGGUGGUGGACCGCGUGAACCAGUUCAACCGCUGGCAGUCGUGGGUGAUUCUACUGGGCAUGAUCGCCCUGGCUCUGACCCAGCUCUUUUACUUGCAUCGAGGUCUGAAGCUCUGCAGUACUAGUGUGCUAUAUCCCUUUGUGUUUUGCAUCUACAACAUCAUCGCUAUUCUCGAUGGCCUGAUCUAUUUCAGACAGGCCUCUCAAUUAGCAGGUUUCCACGCAGGCCUGAUCGCAUUGGGGACGAUCAUUCUUCUUGGGGGUGUGCUUUGCCUGUCAUGGCGCCUGGAGGAUGUGGACAACACUGCCGCUAUCACGGUCGCGGGUCCCACGCAGACCGGGAUCGGGCCAGGCAUGGCAGUUGUUGAGGAACACGACACCUUGUCAACCGGACUGCUGGAUGGUCUUGAAGAUGAGGAAUCACAUAUCGGAGAAAGGGAGCCGUUGCUCCCUCGCCAGCGACACUUUGCCUCUUACCAACGGGGCCGAGCGCCCAGUCUCCCGCUCAUACCACCCAUGGAUCGACAUGAAGCUGCAGAUCUCAACGCCGCUUCCAUUUGGGCCGAACUCGAUGAUUCCGACUAUGACGUUGCAGAUCCAAAAUUGCGCUCUUCACUUGAACGACCUCGUAGCUCAAGCAGUAGUGCAGCUCUGAAUGGGCCCAAGCGCGGUCUUUUACGACACUCAACCACCGGCCCGAUAUCGUAUCAUCGCCCAUGGGGAUCUCGUCGUCCUGGCCUGUCAAUACAACCUGGGCAAAGACGGUCAUCUGCUCCAUUGGCAGGAUUGAUGGGGGCUCAACGCCGGUGGCGCAGUGCCUGGAGCCCUGUCACUGCCUCGCCUGUCUCGCAGGGAGUUCCCAGUUACGGCACCAUACAAGAAGACGACGGUGUUUCUCCCGGCCGUGUUGAAUCACCUACACCACAACCAAGGUCAACAUUCAAUAUUCUCGCGGGCCCGAGAAGGACGUUGGCGGGUGCCUGGCGGAAUGGACGCCAGUAUCUACAUCGAUGGACGAGCCCGCAGGCGGGCAGUCAUGACCAUCCCAGUGUCAGCGCCAGUGCCCGAGACGGGUCCUCAUCUCCAUUACUUCCACGAUCUGAAGCCGGCAUACCACAGGCUGGGGAUACAGACACCCAUCAUCCAAAGCAAGCAUCCGGCACGCCAUCGUCACUGUAA